CUAAAUAACUUUGUUUUGAUAUGCAGGUGAAGGAAUCAGUACUGGAAAAGUACGGGGGCGAGGAACACCUGAAGGUUCCCCCGCGAGAGCUGCUCCUAGCUCAGACCGAGGUGUUCACGCAGUACAACCGCGACGGAACCGUCGCCAACGGACCUGAGAAACAACUUGCCAAGAGCAAAUAUGAGGAGGAUGUGCUGAUCAACAACCACACGUCAGUGUGGGGCUCGUACUGGCGCGACGGACAGUGGGGUUACAAGUGUUGCCACUCCUUUAUAAAGAUGUCAUACUGUGUGGGCGAAGCUGGCAAGUCCGUAGUACUGGAAGUUAAAGACGCAGACACCUCGAAGGCUACCAGCGCUGUUUUCAAAGAGUUUAAACAGCCGGCGGAAAAGAAAAAAGAUAAAGAAAAAGAAAAAUCCUUGUCAUCAUCAUCAUCAGACUCAAGCUCAAGCAGCUCUGACUCGGAAACCGACCACCGCUCCAAGACGGAGAAGACCAGUAAGAAAAAGAAGUCCAAGAAGAAGAAGAAAAAGGACAAGAAAGAGCUCAAGAAGGAAGAACACAAAUUGAAAAAGGCGUUAGAAGCGGAAGAAAGGCAGCAGAAACACGCCUCAUAUUUAUUAUCUGUGGACGAGCGGAAGCGGCCCUACAACAGCAUGUACGAGGCCAAGGCCCCUACCGAAGAAGAAAUGGAGGCCUACAGGAUGAAACGGCAGCGCGAGGAGGACCCUAUGAGCCAGUUCAUGUGAAAUAACGUUAAAAUAUGUAUGAAUAAUAAAUAAAAUUACUCUAAAUCAUG